CAAAAUUACCAAAAUAGUAUGCCAAAUUGCAAUCAUUGUAUUGCAGAUAAUUCGUUCAUAUCUGAAUUAUUUUAGGAAAAUUCAUUUGUAACACUAUAACUGUCCAGUUUUUAGACUUCCAUAACUGUGCAAAAAAGGGAAUAUUCCCUUGUAAGAUAUUUUCUUUUUGGUGUUUACCAUUGUUUUACUUAUUUGUAUCGCUUGAAACACAAUUUAAAAAUGAAGAACCGAUUCAAUACUUACGACAUAGUGUGCAUGGUUGCUGAAUUGCAAAGGCUCGUAGGUAUGAGAGUGAAUCAAGUGUAUGAUAUUGACAAUAGAAGCUAUGUGAUACGCUUACAGAGAUCAGAAGAAAAGUCUGUGCUGUUACUCGAGUCUGGCAAUAGGUUCCAUACAACACAGUUUGAAUGGCCAAAGAAUGUUGCACCGUCAGGGUUUACUAUGAAGCUCCGAAAACAUCUGAAAAACAAACGUUUAGAGAAAUUAAACCAGCUUGGUAUAGACAGAAUAGUGGACUUACAGUUUGGCAGUGGUGAGGCUGCAUACCAUGUUAUACUUGAACUGUAUGAUAGAGGCAAUAUUGUACUGACUGACUGUGAAUGGACUAUACUUAAUGUACUCAGGCCACAUGUGGAAGGUGAUAAGAUUAGGUUUGCUGUCAGAGAAAAAUAUCCACUAGACAGAGCUAAAACUAGUUAUGAGGCGCCCAGUUCUGAUGCUUUGAAGGAAAUACUUAGCAAAAGUAAACCUGGAGACAAUCUCAAAAAGAUACUUAAUCCUAAGUUAGAAUAUGGCGCAGCUGUAAUAGAUCAUGUAUUACAAGAAAAUGGCUUAACAGGCAAUAUGAAGAUUAAUGCAGACCCAAACAAGGGCUUUCAAAUAGAACAACACCUAGAUAAAUUGGUUAAUGCUUUAAAACAGGCUGAAUUGCUCAUUGAUAACGGGAAAAACCAAAUUGCGAAGGGCUACAUAAUUCAAAAGAAAGAAGACCGUCCUAACCCUGAAGGCGGUGGUCCUACUUUCCUGCUUACCAACCAGGAAUUUCAUCCAAUGUUGUACAGACAGAAUGCAGACCAACCCUAUGCUGAAUUCGACACUUUCGACAGGGCUGUCGAUGAGUUCUUCUCAGCUUUGGAAGGACAGAAGAUUGACCUCAAGACAAUACAAGUAGAGCGUGAAGCUAUGAAAAAGCUCCAGAACGUUCGAAAAGAUCACGAAAAGAGGAUAACAGAACUAGAGCGAGUGCAACUGGAGGAUAGAAAGGCUGCCGAGAUGAUAUCUCGGAACGAACCUCUGGUUGAACAAGCAAGGCUGGCCAUCCAAACUGCGAUAGCCAAUCAGAUGUCCUGGGACGACAUACAACUCCUAGUUAAAACUGCCCAAGAUAACAACGAUCCAGUUGCUUCAUCGAUCAAGGAGCUCAAACUUAAAACCAAUCACAUCACGUUGCUACUCAAAGACCCUUACAAUUUUGAUGAAGAUGAUGACGGUGAAGAUGAUGAAGAUGAUGAUGAAGAUGAAGCAAGAAGACUAAAACCAAUGUUGAUCGAUAUAGACCUAUCGUUGACUGCGUUUGCUAAUGCUAGGAGGUACUAUGAUCAAAAGCGUAAUGCAGCAAAGAAACAGCAGAAAACUGUAGAAUCAGCGGGUAAAGCGCUUAAAAGCGCCGAGCGAAAAACAAAGCAGACUUUGAAAGAGGCCCACACGAUCAGCAACAUUACCAAAGCCAGGAAAACUUACUGGUUCGAGAAAUUCUUCUGGUUCAUAUCCUCUGAUAACUACUUGGUCAUAGGGGGUCGCGACCAGCAACAGAACGAGCUACUCGUGAAGCGGUACAUGCGCUCCACAGAUAUCUACGUGCACGCGGAGGUCACGGGAGCCUCCUCCGUCGUCAUCAAGUGUCCCUCCGGCCCUCCGCCCCCCAGGACCCUUAGCGAGGCCGGACAGGCGGCGGUCGCUUACAGCGUGGCUUGGGAAGCUAAAGUGCUGACGCGCGCCUGGUGGGUGUAUGGACACCAGGUAUCCAAGUCUGCGCCAACGGGAGAAUAUUUGACUACCGGCUCUUUUAUGAUCCGCGGCAAGAAGAACUAUCUUGUGCCAGAACAUCUGCAGUUCGGCUUCAGUUUUAUGUUCAGGUUGGAAGACAGCUGUAUAGAAAAGCACCGCGAUGAGAGGAAGUUCAUUGCGGCAGAUGACGCCAGCGAAGUGACCUCCAUCCUGGAUACCGAGGACGAACAGGAAAUUAUAGUUUCCGAUGACGGUGAUGACGAUCCAGCAGAAAAAGACCAAGAUACAAAACCGAAAAGUGCUCUCGAAACGAUAUCUGAAGAGGUACCAAAACUAAAACAACAAGAAGCAACGGAUGUUAAGGUGAAGGAAAAACGAGAAUCAGACAAUAAAGAAAAACAAGAACAACAAGAAACGGAAGAGAAAGAUGACAAUCAAGCUGAGAUUGAUGUUCCGGAAGAGAAUGGGAAAGAUAAUGACUCGGACAGUGACAGCUCCGAGGAUGGAGUUUUAAACACGCAUAUCAAGGUGGACCACGAAACGGGUCAAGUAUUCAUUGCAUCCAAGACCAGGACGAUAUCCGAAGUUUCUGAUAGAAGUGAAGACAAAUCUUAUUCAUUCCCCGCUUUACCCAAGAAGGGCAGCAAACCACUCAAACAGAAGCAGAAUAAAAAAGAACAGAAGAAAGAAGAAAAGAAAGAAGACAAUCAGGGGGUAAAGCGCGGUCAGAAAAGCAAGUUGAAGAAGAUGAAAAAGUAUAAGGACCAGGAUGAAGAAGAUAAAGCUAAGAUAAUGGAACUCCUACAGCCAAAUAAACCUGCGAAGGAAUCAAAGAAGGCACUGAAACAAGCAAGCAAACCAAAAAGCAAAUCUGCCUCGAGGCAACAGAAAAUCCCGCAGCCCGCACCGCUCAUAUUGGAAGCCGAGUCCGAUGGAGAAGAACCGGAGCCCGAGCCGGAGACGGAGCAGGCCGGACCUGAUGCAGACACUGAAAUGCUAUGUCAGCUGACCGGUAGUCCCUUCCCGGAGGACGAACUGUUGUUUGCGGUACCAGUUGUGGCGCCUUACUCCUCGCUGCAUAAUUACAAGUACAAAGUAAAACUGACUCCCGGAACCAACAAGAGAGGUAAAGCAGCUAAAACGGCAGUGCAAGUUUUCCUCAGGGACAAAGCGGGGUCGAACCGGGAGAGAGACCUCCUGAAAGCCGUCAAAGAGGAGAACAUCGCGAGAAACUUUCCAGGAAAGGUCAAACUGUCCGCGCCACAGUUGCACAAAAAGAAGAAAUGAUUAAAAUCAUUAACAAUCGGUUUAACAUCGGGUUAGUUCUUAAUAACAGGACACUAGGAACCCCCUUUAGCACUUUAAUCAUACGACGGCGCCUGGCGACCGUAAAAAUAUGCGUACGCGCACGCGCUGCUAGUCAUACACUAGCGCGCACAGAGUUUUUCGAACAUAGUAGACCUAAAGCAGUAUGAUGUCAUAAAAUGGAAAAUCAACCUUCCAUACCAGUUACGUAAAAAAAUUUGAGUAGGCAGUGCUGGCACGCCACUGGCCAUACAUUUCUGUUUUCUCGCAACCGCAUACACUAGUUGUUUAAGAGCGAGGCAAUUUACUUUAAAAAUUACAAUAAAGUCGAUAACUGUUAGAAAUGUUUUGUUAAAAUUCGAGUGCUCCGAGUCUCGUACGCGGCGAAGCUACACAACAUUUAUAGUUAUUAAAAUUUCUAUGGAACAUGACGUGUUCGGGAAAUAUGAGAAGUUACUACGUAAGGGUAAUUAAUAUCGGAUUUUGAGAAAUGGAUUCUUAUGAAAUGCUUUGUCCAAUUAAGGAUGAUUAUUUUGACAGCUCAAGUCCAUGAAGUUUUGUCUAUUUUGUCUCUUAAAUGUACUACAGACCAUUGUCAUAAAGUGCCAUUGGUUUAGAAAUAUAAUAAAUGGAACGUAAAUUAACUGAAUAAUAAUUCGCACCAGUGGAAAUCGUCGUUUGGGAGGGAAUGUAACUAAACAAGCUGCGCCCCGCUGUGCUACCCGCGGUGAAAGAGUGAUGACUCGUUCACCGUGGCUUUGUUUAAAUUCAAAUUCAAAUUUCAUUUUUUUACAAGUAAGCCUAGUUUAGAAGCACUUUUGAAACGUCAAGUCAUUCUGUUUGUAGUAAUUCUACCACCGGUUCCGAUUCCACCGAGAAGAGCCGGCAAGAAACUCAGCAGAUUGCUCUUUUCCAACAGCAAUUGGUGUAAAAAUAUGACCGUGAAUGACACAUUCGGUGUUUUAUACGAAUGUCCCUGUAAACUAACCUUGGAAAUUUGAUGUUUUUCGUAAUCCAAAAGUAGCCUAUUUUACUCUCCGUCCUUUCAACCAACUCAAAAUAUCAAAUAAAUAUAUAAAAAAAAUUUUAAGCAAUCAGGUGGGAGAAUGAUUAUUUAAAAAUGAUUCGACAGAAUCUCACACUGUUUGGUUCAAUUUUACUCGAAAAACAAAGAAAUGCACAUAACACAAUCAACUAACUAAUCACAAUAUGGCGGCGCAACGCCACUAUUCGACGGUAGACGACAAAAUGACUCCAAACAAAUGUGGCAAUCGCCUUUUAUAGGAAAAUUCCACCACCUUUGGUGCUAGGUUGGAAUUGAUUCCUAACAAUAUAAUGUUAAAUAUCAUGUACAUUUGUUGCUUAGUUACGGCCCGAAGUAGGGAUAAACAAACCAACACACUUUCACAUUCCAAGUUUAAUGCGAAUAAUAAACAUUACAUCAUUUCUAAUAUCUGAGUCAAAAUUACCAUCCACAAUUUGAUAAAGCAUCUAGCAAGGUUCUACGACGUCAUAACAAACCGACAUGGCUGAUGGCGCAUAUGACAGACAAAAAUACGAAAAGAAAAUAAAAGUUUAUGACAAAUCUAUGUAAAAAUCUUAUGUUUUUAUUGCCUGGCACAAAAGUCGUCUAAAAGCAGUAUAUCUGUGUGUUUAUGAGACUUUCGAUAUGAUUUCAUGUUUUUUUGGAAUAACGAGUAUCUUAACAAUAACUAAGGUUUUUUUUUUUAAUCCUGCUCUAUAAAAUCUCUACGAGUAAUUCAUAAAGAUCCUUGAGAAAAAAUAUAGCAUUAUUUAUAUAUGUAUUUAGUUUAGUAAUGUAUAUACAACCGUGCCUUUUUCACUCCGGACUUUUGGUACGAAAUCGUAUCUAAACGUUAGAGUUUUGGUUACUCUUUUUUGUCACCCAGCGACAGUCUUAAGUUACGUGUUCGUUUGUUUUAAUAUUCAAUGCUUCGUUUAUGGUUUCAACACAAAUAUAUAUUUAUCUCUUUGCUGCCUCAUUGGGAAGACUAAGUGAGGUUCGUUAAAUGGAGCCGCGUUUCGCAAGAACAAUAAAAUCGUUCGUGUGUUGCUAGAGUAUGAUACUAACUGGCUCGCUUGUUGAAAUAUGAGCCGUCUAAUAUGGACAUUAGGUUCAAUUUGGCUUGCACCAUCGCAGAAUAGGUAAAUAUUAAGUUAGACGUCUACAAACACUUUUAUCAAUUAAUGCCCACGCUCUUAAAGUCUCAUUAUCAUGAUCAGUUUUGAUGAAGUACUAAUUCGAAUUAACACCAUUUUCAAAAUUUUUAUAUAAGAUUAAGUUUUUUAUUCAUCAUCGUAAUUACUAUGAUACACGAUAAAGUGAAACAGUUCUUAGAUUUUUGCGCUUAAAAUUGCAAUAUUCCCAAAAUCUAUCAUGGCGGAAUAUCUGUUUAUGAUAGCGUUAACAAGUUUGUAUCCCUAAAGAAAAUGUAGUAUUUUUUUACAUGGAAAUGUAUUUGUUUUUACUUCCAAGUUGUUUCUUUUGAUACAAAGUGGGAGUAGAAAUAAACUUCUUAAGAGCCCCUAGUUGCUUGUUUACCAAGAAUCUUACCGUGAUAUUACCGUUAUUGUAGAUAAGAGGAGUUUAAUAAAGUUGAUCGAUCGUA